UUAAACCUAAACUUAAAUAAUGGAUGCGGUGUUUAAUUUAAUGUAGAUCUGUACAAUUAAUGUGUUUCUUGAAUCGAUAUUUUUUCACAAUGUCACGCUAAAUGUUUAAUUGAAUUUCAAGUUUGUUAACAAUAGAAAUUUUGUAACUGUAACGAUGUUCUACAAUUGUAUCCAAAUUUACAAGCAUGUUCGCCAUGUUCAUAUAAUGUUUUAGUUGUAUGUAACAUCUUGUAUUGAGGACUUACAAGGAUGACGCUAACGUCACAUUUAGUUACACGAGAGCUGUAUAGUUUCCUUCAGGAAUAUAGGAGAAUACCAUAGUGAUUACUGGAGGAACUAAUUCAGACUUUUAUUGUAUGAUCGAACAAUUAAAUUAAGAAAGUUUCGGUUGAUUCCAUGGGGCAUAAGGCACAGAUUUAUUAAAACACUGUUCAAUAUUAUGACAACUUGUUUUAAAAGAAAAGUAAGCGGUUUGGAAGUAUAAACAAGGUAUAAAGUAUGAGUGAAAAGGAUGUGAAACAAGUUCUACACAGAAGUAGAACAUCAGAUUCUAUUGUUGUAGACAAUGGAAUUAAGCCUCCAAACACUAACCAGAAGCAGCAAAUAAGAAUGAGAAAGUCGACCUCGUUAGAUUCCGGAGAAAAGGACGAGGUAAAGAACUCGACAUCCGACCCGACUGGACCAUUUCAACGUCGUACAUUCACUGUAGUGCGGAGAAGAACAAGUAAACGCAAAAGUAAACCGGAACCGGAAUUUGGACAUGAUACCGAAGCGUACGAGAAAAUUCGAGAACGAGUUUUACAAGAACGCGCAGUGACGAACGCUAUAGACGCCCUACAGGAACGCUGGAGAAUGAUCAUGUUGAUGUAUGGCGACUGUGUUGAUCUGAAUAAUAAAAGAAUGGAACGGAAACUAAGAAAACUCUGUGUACGAAGACAAUUUGAAAUGAUCGUUAUUGCAGCCAUAUUUUUGCUUAUAUGUUUACCGAUAUUAAUUGUUUUUAUUUUUGUUACUUUUUAUAUGUAGAAUCUAGAACGAUUCUUCGAGUAGGUUACACAUGGUCAAGUAGAUCUAUUGAAUUUUCACUGGAACAAUUAAACUUCAUAUCAACAUACGAUGUAAUUCAUAAUGUGAGAUAUUUAUUGCAUUUUACAAACACAAAAUAUCUUGACAUGAUAUUGUUUCUUGUUUACAUUCUUCAAAUUGUAUAAAAGCCAUUUACUGCUGAAUUAAAAAACAAGUAAGACAUCGUGUCUAAAAUUUAUCAUUUAUGACAUAUGUUUUUAUUCCACGUUAUUUAAAAUGGCAAUGAUCCAACAAGCAAGGGCAUCAAAUUGUUUUAGGCACGCAUCAGACAUAUGUCAACAAGUAAGGAAACCUGCCGCAGGACAUCGAAUCAAGUCUUCUUUGAAUUAAUAGACUCUACAUUUUUAUAAUCAUCUUCAUAAUAUGGUGCUUUAAAACUUGUGUGUAUGCCUUUUUUUGUUAAUCAGAAACUUCGCUUUGUUACUAUAGUUACAUUGAUUUUGAUUUUUGUUUGACCAGUUAAACGGCAGGAAAAUUAUAAAUUGAAGGGUUAAUUAUGAUCACAAAUAAUGUUGGUGGUUUCAUGACAAUUAAUUAAGCAAGUAAUUUCUUUUUGCCGGAAAACGAUUACGUUAUUUCUUUAUGAAUUAUUCCACAGGGGCUAUUUUUCAAGAUUUCUUUCUGCCAAUCAUAAGGCAAAAUAAUUGAGUGUAAAAUGAUAGUUUUGUCGGAAUUAUUUUAUUGACUGAGAGAUGAUUUCAAGAUAGCACGAAGUAGCUAUUUAUAACUGUUGUCCUAUUGUUUCUAAAUGAUUGAUGUAACUGAGAAGGGAGACAAGUAUUCUUUUAAAAGAAAUUUUAGAAAACAUGAAAAAUGG